AUGUUAUCGAUGUGGGAAGACCAACAGCCCAUCGAUGGCAAUCUUUUUCGAUCCAAUCCGUUCUUUGCACUGGAAACCCUCGAAUAUAACGACAACUCAUCAAAAAAAAGUUGUGGAGGGUGCGGAAGAAACUUGAGUCAGAACUCGUUCCCGGCUGGUUCUUGGGAUCGGCAACGGGAGAAUCGCUUUUGCCAUAUCUGUGAUCUGAUACCAACAUGGCAGAGGCGGGAGCAGUUUUUCGCUGAUCUAAAAAUGAAGAAGAAGGAGGAACAGGAAAAGAAGCGGGCGGAGGCAGAGAGGAGCAAGAAGGGGAAGGGGAAGGAACGGGCCGAGGGGGAAACGCUCGAACAGACGAAAACGGUCGUGGAUGAGAAGCCUAAGGAGGGGGACGACUUGAAAAGUGGUCCUAGCGGGAGCACACCUCAGGAUAAAGGAGUUUCUAGAUCGUCGGGUGGUCGCAGGAGACCUGUUCCCAACACAGCUGGACGAGGAGAUCCAUCUGGAAAGCGACCAACGCCAACACAGCAACCGAGGAUAGCCACUGUCUCAAAUACGACGGAGAAGGGAGGCGAGGUCGCAGAAGAUGGGCGAAAAGGCAUCACCCGGAACCUGCGCGGAAACACCGCUAGAGGCAAUCCUCCCAACGCCACGCGGGCCGUACCGACUGUCAGGACGACCACAAAUCAUUCGGAACAUGGUGCAGUUGGCACACAGGAUGGAACGCGUCGUGAUCAUCGAGGUGUUCGUGGAGGUACAGGUUAUGUGCGGGGUCAGGGUAGAAGAGCUGGUGGCACCGCGAGAGGUUCUAAAACGACAUCCCAGGCGCCCGAGCAACAUGUUCCCAGCGGAAGUCUUACUACCGAGACACCCACGUCGCAUCCACAACGGAAAUCCGCGUGGGCCCGAGGUCCUCCGAGUCGUACAGGUAGGGGCGGACGCGGUGGAGAAUCUGGAGACAGAGGUUCGGCGUGA